CAAAAUCCCGGCUCGAUCGAUGACUCGCGAGUUUUGUUUGGUAACAAGUAAGGUUAAGUGUCUUCAUCCAGAAUUUUCAUAAUUUCUUCAGUGAAUUUGUCCAGGUACACCUGAAUUCCCACUCUUCAGCACCAGUGGUUAUCCCUCUACCUAAUAAAUAUCAAUUUAGUGAAUUUCCUUUGCUCCUUCAAGUGUAAAAGGUGUAAAAAACAAUGAGUUCAAUCGGAACUGGGUAUGACUUGUCCGCUUCACAAUUCUCCCCGGACGGACGAGUAUUCCAGAUUGAGUAUGCUACAAAAUCCGUGGAGAACAGUGGGACAUCAAUUGGCCUUAGGGGGCGCAAUGGGGUAGUCCUGGCUGUUGAGAAGCUCAUCCCAAAUCAUCUGUAUGAGGAUGACUGUGGUUCCCGGAUUCACAAUGUCGAUGUGCACAUUGGCUUGGCAGUGUGUGGAAUGAUUGCUGAUGGAAAUCAUAUUGCUGAUAUUGCUCGUCAGGAAGCGGCUAGCUAUAAGCAGCAAUUCAACAGGCUGAUCCCACUGCAAAUCCUCAAUGAUCGACUAUCCAGUUAUCUGCACGCUUACACUCUGUACAGUGCUGUACGUCCAUUUGGAGUCUCUCUCAUUAUUUGCUCCUACACGAAAGAGGCUGGUCCGGAGAUGUACAUGAUUGAUCCAUCCGGAGUAUCUUCUGGAUACUUUGGAUGCGCCAUGGGCAAGGCCAAACAGGCAGCAAAGACGGAAAUUGAGAAAAUUGCACUUUCUGAGGUGUCCAUGGAGGAUUUACUGGUGCACGCCUCAAAGAUCAUUUACCAACUCCAUGAUGAUCUCAAGGAUAAAGAAUUUAAAUUGGAAUUAAGCUGGGUGUGUGAUCAAACUCAGGAACUUCAUCAGAAUGUGCCUCCUGCACUUUACAAGAAGUGCAAUGAAGCUGGCAAAUCUGCCCUCAAGGAUGGUGGCUCGAGUGAUGAAGAGGAGCCAGGAAAGUAAAUGAACUUUCACAGCAGGAUUAUCCAAUAUUAUUUCAAUAAAUCAUCUUUUUAUUCUCAUUCGGAAUAUA